AUGGAGGCCACGGUGUUCACUAGUAACGUGUCUGUUUUGGUUAACGGAAGUCCGACCAAGGAAUUCAGAGUUGAAAGAGGCUUAAGGCAAGGUGAUCCGCUUUCGCCUUUUUCUAUUGUUAUCGUUGCUGAAGCACUAGCGGGGCUGGUUGGUAAAACUAUUGAGAUUGAUGAAUUUUCUGGUUUCAAUGUGAAAAAGAGGUGCUCAGUGGAAAAUCUUCAAUUCGCCGCUGAUACGUUACUAGUAGGGGAGGGAACUUGGAAGCAUGUUUGGUCCCUCAAAUCCAUUCUUAGAGGGUUUGAAAUUGUUUCGGGUUUAGAUGUUAAUUUUCAGAAGAGCAAGCUCAUCGGUAUAAAUCCGAGUCCUCACUUUCUUCUUGUUGCAACAAAUUUUUUGUCCUGUAGGAUCAAAGAGAAAGAGUUCUCCUUUCUUGGCAUUUUGAUUGGGUCUAAUCCAAGGCGUAUAUCCGCGUGGAGCCAGCUGAUUUCUAAAUUGAAAGCUCUCUUGUCUAGUUGGACAGGUAGAUCUCUUAAUUUAGGAGGUAGAAUUACUUUACUUAAACAUGUCUUAUGUAGUUUGUCGGUUUUUCAUUCAUUUUUUAGAGCUUUAGUUGCAAUUUGUAAAGAAAUUAUAAGGAUUCAAAACACAUUUUUAUGGAGAGGUACGGAGGAUAGGAGGAGGAUUCAUUGGAUAAGGUGGAAUUCAAUUUGUCAGCCGCUAGAGCGAGGAGGUUUAGGUUUGAAAUGGAUUGACGAAUUCAAUGUGGCUUUGUUGACGAAAUGGAAAUGGAGAAUAUUGAUGGGGGAGGAUUCUCUAUGGGUUAACAUUUUGAAGGCAAGAUAUGGGAAUUUGAACAUUUCUGUUUAG